CACAGACACUGUAGGCCUAGGCCUGAAAUAACUGGGAAGAGAGAUGAGUAUCAGAAUUUCUCAGCAAGACCUAAACAAAACAUACAUCUUCUUUAGUGUGAACUGAACUGGGGAUGGAGUGGGAGGGCUUGGAGGAAGGAGAAAAGAAGGGACUGUAUUUGAACAAAUAUGAAUAAACUUAUUAGAUACUUUUCACAAUCAGAUAGCUCCCCCCAAAAAAGGUCAUUUUCUAUCUUUCUAAGGAUGUAAGCCUUAAUGAAAGCAAUUCUUAAUCUCAAGCUUGAGGAAAUUCCCGAAUAAUAAGUUUACAUGUAUUUGAACUGAAAAAUUGUUAACCACGCUUUUGCUCCAAGAUGUGUGAGGGCCUUUCAGGGGCUGGAGGGCCCUAGAUAGACACACAAACAAAUAUGUGUGUAUCUGGAGCCCCACACAUUGUAAUAAACACAGCUGCAUUUAUUUGAGUAUGUGCUCCCAUGUACAUGUAAAAACAUUCAAACAAACACACUCAGCAGAUUUAUUUGACUGUGCAAUGGGGCAAUUAUUCAAAUAAACAUGCUUGGUGCAAUUAUUUGAAUCUCACAUUGCAUGUUCAUCAAUCACAGCACUAAAAAAAGAGGGAGGGAAACACCAAAGAAUUUACGUGGGAAAAAAAUAUAUGUGAAAACAACCUUAUUAUAGAUUUUAUAGAGUUAGCCAAAGUUAUGGCUCCCUCCUUAACUGUAACUCAACUAUUCUGUAUUCAGUGACAUUUGUUUCUAAUGACUAAUUGGUUCAUUCAUUUGAUCAUUAUAUCAGAAUGACCACAACAUUCAGAUUCGUAUAAUAUCGAACUUUGCAAACCUGAAUUGGGUAGAGAUGUGAAAUCUCUAUAUUUCAAGUGCAGAAUAGUUCUUUCUAGAUGUCUUACAUCAAGGGGACACUGGUCAAAUUGUUAUCACUUUAAAUAGCACUCCCAUAAAUUUAAAAAAUUUUAUACAUACAACAAAACAUUCCUACAUUUGAAGACAUAAAAAAAAUCACAGGUGACUCAUCUGAUCAUUUUAUAUAUUAAUAAAUAUUAUGACAUAUAUGUGAACACAUCACGAAUCAUAUAGGUGUACCAAGAGGCAAUUUAUGUCUCUCUUAAGUAUGUACUGACAUAACCUAAUAUACUAAAGUGGGAAGGGGCGUUUAGUCACUGAAAUAUGCAUCGUGUAACAAAGAUGAAGAAAAUACAUGGCUUGUGCCCAUCAUAAAAAAGAUUCAGACUGAAGGCUUAGCUUUGGUUUUUAUUCAAUUAAAUUGUUAAACUGUGCACAGUGAUUUUUUUUAGAACUUGAGACAUUUGUGAUGUUGGCUGUUUAAAUCUUUGUUACCUUCGCUGUGAAUUGAAAUUGUACAUAUUUAGUAAAUCAUGCAGACAAAACAAACUUUUUAGACAAUAUUUUUAUUGGAGAGUUUUCUUUUCCUGUAUCCAUGUCAAAAAAAAAGACCUCCUUUCCCAAAAUAAAAAUGUCAAUACUAAAUUUAAAGAAGUAUAAAGGAAUGAUUGCUUCCUUUAGAGCUAAAUAUUUAAAUAAACAUGAAGAUAAUUGGCAACACGUU